AUUUGUAAAUUAAAUGCAAAACUAAAUAAAAAUUGUAAUAAAAGGUGCUGUAACGUUAGUUAAUUAAUUGUUAGUUAAUGUAUUUUACGCUGUAAUUGUAAAAAAAAUCACAAAAUGGGAGAAACUACCAGCGAUACUGUUAAUGAAGAUGAAGUUGAGCCACAUGUUUUACACUAUAGUUUGUUUGAUAUAACUAUUGACCCUGGCUUGAAAGAUGACGAGGGAAAUGAAUUACCGAGACCAUUCACAAAAAAUCAAAUGAGAAGGUGGUUAAAAAAGGUAAGGUGGGAGAACAGAAAGGCGGACAAGCGCGCCAAAGAAAAAGCAAGAGCUAAGGAAAGAAGACGGAAGGCGAAGGAGGAAAAUAUAGAUCUUGGACCCAACAGAAAGGCCCUGAAGAAAAUGAAGCUAGAGAAAGUUGCUAGAAACAUUGGCAUAAUCAUUGAUCUUAGUUUUGAUCAUCUAAUGAUAGAAAAAGAUAGGUAUAAAGUGAUAAAGCAAAUACUAAGAUGUUACUCCAUAAACAGGCGAUCAGAUUCACCAUUACAGUUCUAUAUAACUAGUUUUGGUGAAAAAUCUAAGGCUGAUAUGUCCAGACAUAACGGUUAUGAAAAUUGGGAUAUAGAGUUCUGUGAUGUGCCUUACCUUAACAAGUUUCCUAAGGAGAAGUUGGUGUACCUAACAAGCGAAUCAGAAAAUGUGAUUGAAAGUUUUGAUGAAGAUAAUUACUACAUUAUAGGUGGCCUAGUUGAUCACAAUCAAUAUAAGGGCCUGUGUCACAAGAUAGCAGUGGAGCAAGGAAUAAGACAUGCACAGCUACCUUUAGACAAAUAUAUCAACAUGAAAACAAGGAAGGUUCUUACUAUUGACCAUGUAUUUGAAAUUGUUCUCCGAGUUGCUGAAGGAAUGCCAUGGCAAGAGGCCCUGCUGAAGGUGUUACCCCUGCGGAAAGGUGCCCAUGUUUAUGACUCUAAUAGUGAUUUAGAUAUAUCCUCACAUAGUGACACUGUAGUAAAAGAAAGCUAGUUGAUAAAAACAUACAAAAAUCACAGUUGUUUAAC